AUAGCAAGAGACGUUACCACCAGCCUUCAAAAACAGCAUUAAAUCGUAUUGGAUUCCACUCGUUUUUCUUGACCUGUAUAAGGAAUUUACAUUUUGUUGGACGUAUAGGACAAAACGUAGGGCUUUCGUAAUGUGUUAUCCCCAGUAUAGAGGACCGUUAUAGUUGAAGGUAACCAAACGUGUUGCCGUUUUGAAGAAGAAGCAAAGGGGCGGGUUUGAGAGCUAGCUCGGCUAGCAAAUUAAGCUAACGUAGCCAUCAUAAUUCUCUUCAUCAUCUUCAUCUCGCUGUAUCUGACCAGCUAGGUGUAUUCUAAUGAGAGCGACACGUCAAGUAUUUUUCAUUUAUUGCGUUGCAGAUUUUUUUCUCUGUCUCGGACGCUUGUUUUGAAGUUCUCAAACAACACAUCGACUCCAUAAUCUGUAGUCGCCCUUCACAACAUUAUUUUGUAGCUGUCUUCUACUUUUUGACAGCUUUUCUUGAUUUCUCGUAUGAAUUCAAGUCCGAUAAUAGUGAACGGCAAACAAAUGUCGGAUAAUCAGAGCUGGAAUUCCUCUGGCUCGGAUGAGGAUUUUGAGCCAGAUCCCGGGCAUCCUGGUGGGGUGGCAGAGUUCAGUGGGGUUUUGAGUAAGUGGACGAACUACAUCCAUGGUUGGCAGGACCGUUGGGUUGUGUUGAAGAACAACACACUGAGCUAUUACAAGUCCCAGGAUGAACGAGAGUAUGGCUGCAGGGGUUCUCUUUGCCUCAGCAAGGCCAUCAUCACACCUCACGAGUUUGACGAGUGCAGGUUGGACAUCAGUGUGAACGACAGCGUGUGGUAUCUGAGAGCUCAGGACCCUGAACAUCGUCACCAGUGGAUUGACUCCAUCGAGCUGCACAGGGCUGAGUCUGGUUAUGGCUCUGAGUCCAGUCUGAGGAGACAUGGCUCUAUGCUCUCUCUCACAUCAGCCACCAGUGGGUAUUCUGCCACCUCCACCUCCUCGUUCAAGAAAGGCCACAGUCUUCGGGAGAAACUGGCUGAGAUGGAGACCUUCCGGGACAUUCUGUGCAGACAGGUGGACACGCUGCAGAAAUACUUUGACGGCUGUGCAGAUGCUGUAUCUAAGGAUGAAUUGCAGAGAGACAAAAUUGUGGAGGAUGAUGAGGAUGACUUCCCCACCACCCGUUCGGACGGAGAAUUCCUGCACAACAACAACGGGAGCAAGGAGAAGCUCUUGCAGUCUUUGAGUACCAAGGGCAUUAAUGGGAUAGAUUUCAAAGGAGAAGCCAUUACUUUUAAAGCAACUACUGCAGGAAUCCUGGCCACAUUGUCACACUGCAUUGACCUGAUGGUCAAACGAGAGGAUAGCUGGCAAAAACGACUGGACAAGGAGAUGGAGAAAAGAAGAAGAGUGGAGGAGGCCUAUAAGACUGCUCUCUGUGAGCUUAAGAAGAAGUCUCAUUUUGGAGGGCCCGACUACGAGGAGGGCCCAAACAGUCUCAUCAACGAAGAUGAGUUUUUCGAUGCUGUGGAAGCUGCCCUGGACAGACAAGAUAAAAUUGAGGAAGAACAGUCUCAGAAUGAGAAGGGUCGCAUCCAGAGAUCCAGCCCGGUGCCUUCAGGAGACGCCUUCUCCACCACUGGCUCACACAGAUUCGCCGAUAAGGUGGAGGAAAUGGUUCAGAAUCACAUGACCUACUCCUUACAGGAUGUGGGUGGAGACGCCAACUGGCAGCUGGUGGUUGAAGAGGGGGAGAUGAAGGUGUACCGGAGAGAAGUGGAGGAGAAUGGCAUUGUUCUGGACCCUUUAAAGGCUACACAUGUUGUGAAAGGCGUAACAGGACACGAGGUGUGUCAUUACUUCUGGGACACAGACGUGCGGAACGACUGGGAGACUACUAUUGAAAACUUCAAUGUGGUGGAAACGUUGUCAGACAAUGCCAUAAUUGUCUAUCAGACCCACAAGAGGGUGUGGCCUGCCUCCCAGAGGGACGUGUUGUAUUUAUCAGCCAUUCGUAAGAUUGUGGCCAACAACGAGAAUGACCCUGACACGUGGCUGGUGUGCAACUUCUCUGUGGACCAUGACAACGCUGCUCCAACCAGUCGGUGUGUCCGUGCCAAAAUCAACAUUGCGAUGAUCUGCCAGACUCUGGUCAGCCCACCAGAGGGCGACAAGGAGCUUGGCAGGGACAACAUCUUGUGUAAAAUCACAUAUGUGGCCAAUGUGAAUCCUGGAGGUUGGGCACCUGCCUCAGUGCUCAGGGCUGUGGCGAAGAGAGAAUAUCCCAAAUUCCUGAAACGCUUCACCUCCUACGUUCAGGAGAAAACCGCUGGCAAACCCAUCCUCUUCUGAGACAGCACAGUGUGUCCUGGUUCAGCCUGAGGUGCAGCUGAGCUUCCAGCUUCUUCUGAGGUCUUCACUCCCAGCUACAGCGCCCUCUACUAGUGUGGAGGACUCACCGCCAAGCCGCCACCCCUGUCCCGACUGUUCAGCGCUCUGGCUUCCAUGGCAACCCUACCCUUUU